AUGGCUAACAAUGAUGAUUAUUUCGACAGUCUAAAAGUAGGAUGGAAAAAAUACUUUGGUGAUGGCGAAUCCACGAAUUUCUUUCACGAUCUGAAAGUAGGCUGGAAGAAAUAUUUUGGGGAUAUGUUUGAGGAAUUUGCAGCGAACACAACAAAUAUCCUGCUUCCCAGCACACCAUCAGUCCCCACUGCAACAUCAUCACUAACUUCUCUAACCGGUGCCGAUUAUUAUGAGACCACAGAAAUGCCAGUAAUGACCACAAAUGGCAGUAUGGAUUACUACUAUCUAGAUGGCAACAGCACUUAUAAUUCAACAUUGGGCAGAGUCAGUUGUGAUUCUGCAUUCUAUCAACGAAACACUAAGGGUGAUUGUGUCAUGACCAUUUUAACUAUUUUCUUGAUACUUGGAGUGUUCUUUUUUGUAUUUGGACUUGUGUCUGCUUAUGCAAUAAAAAGACUGUUACUGCUUAUGAAGAGGAAAGACUAUGAGGAAUGCAUCAUGAUGGGACACAUCCCGAGUGUGAAAGUCGUCGAUGUCAAAUUUUCUGAGGAGACCCCGAUAGCUUACUGCAAAAAAACUUCUGCCAAUGAGUUAACUUCUCAGGAUUUUCGUAAUUUUCUCUACAAACCAUUUUAA